AUGGAAUCAUUAAUUGAAUUACCAUUUAAUUUUUUAAAAUGUCCAAAAAUGAAAUUAAAAGUACCAAAUAUCAGUAAACCAUCACCAAUGACAAUGUUUUCAGUAAUUUUCUUUUCAUACUUUUUAGUAUCAAGUGGUAUUAUUUAUGAUUUAAUUCAAAACCCACCAUCAAUUGGUUAUGAAAGAGAUGAACGUGGUAAUUCAAGACCAGUAGUAUUCCAAAUGUAUCGUAUCAAUGGUCAAUAUAUUAUCGAAGGUCUUUCAGCAGGUUUCAUAUUUUUAUUGGGUGCUUUAGGUUAUAUCAUUUUAGAUUUAAAUGCCAAGAAAAACAACUCCUAUCUUUUUGCCAUUGGUUUAGCUUUAAUCGUUGCAACUUAUAAUAUUGCCAUCGUUUUCAUUCGUAUGAAAAUACCAGAAUAUCUUAGAGAUAGAAAUGACCAAUUAAAUGACCAAAAUUUAUCACUAUUUAGAAUUAUUUACGAUAUGAGGGAGUUGAUGGUAAAAUUUUAUAAUUUCCCUAAAAAAGAAAAAUAUUUACUUUCAGAAUUAGAUUCAAAAGAUAUUGAAAUUCAAGAUAUAAAAAACAAAUUGAAUCAAGAUUUAAUUAAUUUAGAAAAAAAAUUAAAUCAACAAAUUGAAAAAGAAAAUAACGAAAGUAAAUCAAAACAAAUAUUAAUUGAUGGAUUACAAAAAACAAUUCAAGAUAUUGAAUCACAAAAAUUUAUUGAUAAUAAUGAAUAUGAAAAUAGAAUUCAAGAAUAUAAAAUUAAAAUUCAAGAAUAUCAAGAAAAACUUAAUGAUCGAUUAAAAAGUGAAACAAGGUUAAAGGAUGAAUUACAAUUGGUACUAAAUUCUAAAAAUGAUGAAAUUAUUAAUUUAGAACAAGGUAAAAAAGAAUUUGAAAAGCAAAUUGGGGAAAUAAAUAGAGAAAAUGAACAAUUAAAAAUAAAAUUAUCAAACUAUCAACAAAAGAUAUUACAAUACCAACAACGUCAACAUCAGCCACAACAACAACAACAACAACAACAACAACAACAACAACAACAACAACAACAACAACAACAACAACAACAACAACAACAACAACAACAACAGCAACAACAAAAUCAACAGCAACAAUAUCAUCAGCCAAUAGUUGUACAAAACCCUCUACAUCUAAAUAAUAACAAUAAUAGUAAUACGCCAAAUGCCAACAAUAAUAAUAGUGGUGGUGGUGGUGGUAAUGGCAAUCAUUUGAAUAACUACGGUAUCAGUGUCCCAAUUAAAAAAUCAUCCUUAUCAACAAGGAAAUCAUUUAAUUAA